ACUCAAUUAUGCACCGGAUGUCAUAUCACAAAAGAAAUAUCAGAAUUUAUUCGAUGUGAUAAAAGUGGUUCUGAAUAUGAGCAUAGUACCUGCAAUAAAUGCUCUGAAAGACGUAAAAACAAAAAGAAAGAUGUAAAUUUAAGUCCAAUAUCAGUAAAAAAAGCGAAGCUUUUGAAAACUGGCCUUAGUACAGAUGUUUCAGAACAUAUUUUAAGCAAUGUUAAUGAUGAUAACGUUUCAGAAGAUCAUGAGGAAGUUAUCACUGAAGGAACAAAUAGUGCUAGCGAUAUAGAAAAUAUCUACUAUGAUAAUGAUGACAGUGGGCUUCUAUAUAGUAUUGACGAAAUUGAAGAAUAUAUUAAUGCAAAAUUUUAUAAUUUGGAAAGCAAAAAUGAUCCUAUAAAAUUUGCAUUGGAAAUUGAACUAGACUCCCAACUUGCUGGAUACAUUACCUUCAAUCUUCAAUCAGAAUCACUUGAUUUAGAAUCAAUCAAGGAUAAUUUCCGCCAGCUUUCAAAAAUCAUCAUUAUUGCAAUUGA